CUGGCGCGUCGUCGGCCGCGCGCGACAGCUCGCGCGAUCGUCGGCCGCAACCGAUCGCUGGAUCCCGACGGUCGUCGAUCGAACCUUCGAGGCUUCAUGGCUCGAGCGGCAGCCGGCCAAUCGCCUCGAGUCAGUGAUCAUCUUCGGCGCGGUCGCGACGCGAGCUGCGAGACGGAACGAGCUCAAUUCGAUAGUCCAAAUUGAAUUGUGGAUCGGUGAUCGUUCCUGCGGAGAUCAUGCAGACGCAGCCGCGAUAUAAAUAUAACCGAACGCUCUGCUCGAGCGGGAUCGAUACUGAUCGAUGGUAAACGGACGAUUGCGACGAUCGAGCGAAUGAAGAACUGAUUUUCGCGAAGUGUGACAGAUGAAAAAGACGUCGCCGAAGAGAGUGAUUCAGUAAGAUGUAUAUUUAAUUAAUGAAAAAAAAAGAAGAAGGAAGAAGAGGAAACCAUGAAAUGAGCGUCUGGGACUUUAACAAAUGCCCUCACAGUGUAACUCGACGAUUAGAUAAAGGCUAACGAGAAAAAUGGUGUUCGAUCCAGCGUACGAAGAGCAAAAGAAGCAAUUCUUCAGGCAAAGUUAUGGCGCCCAUUUACCCGGGUAUACCGGACAUUGUCCAACACUCAAAUUUCGCGUUGGGAAGAGGUUUGGUGCGAGCACGGAAGAGAUAAUGAAGGAAUUGUUGGAGAAAAAAAUACUUAAGACUGGACCAUAUAGGCCAAACUCCGGUAGGGAAGUUCAAUUACUGAGUCCUCGGGACAAAGAAAUUAGAAGAGAUUGGAAUGAGACGAGACUCUACAAGGCACCUCCCUACAUCCUGGGAUAUACCGGAUAUAUUCCAGGCUUCAGCAGCAGGUACGGACUACCCUUCAUGAGAGCCGUGGAGGCCGGCGCCAAGGAGUGGCACGAGGCGCAAAUGAAGCUGCGAGCACGACGAGACGCGAUGAGGGCUCACGCUGAACGUACGGACCCGAGAAAUCUUCUGUCCCGGGCGAGAGCGGACAAUGUGGACAUCGAGAUCGAUCAUAGUCAUGAGGGAGACAGAAGGACCUUCGAUUAUCAUGUCUCACCAGAAAGACCGCCGAUCGUCGGUUAUACAGGCCACAUCCCGGGUGCGAGAGGAGAAGUCGCACUUUCCAAGAGGUACGCUCAGGCCGCCAAGAAAGGGCUGGAACGCGUUCAAAGGGAACGUGAGGAGAGGCUGAACAGAAGUAAGGACAUGUCCGCCGUGCAGAGGGUCCUCGACAAUGCGUAUCUCGACGAGACGGGACAGACACGCGCAUAAUUCACUUAAGACUCCUGGCCCCUCGCCGCGAAACUCUUGAUUCAUAACGUCAAAAGCAAGAAAUAGACCCUAAAAGUUCUUGCAAAAUACGUUGGAUUAAAAAGAUGUAUCCAUAAAAUCGCAAUUGAUCGAACGGAUUUGUAAAAUUAUCUUUAUUUUGUUCAAACAAUCAAUAAAUAACUGUCAAUAAAUAAUAAGAAACAAUCAAUGAAUAACAGUUAAUAACAGUCAACAAAUUUUCAUUGAUACUUAUCAAUAAAAAAUUAAUGUGAUAUGCAACCUUCCUUUUUAAUCCAAUCUUUUCUCAUGAUUUCGUUAUAUUAAUUUGACGAUUAAUUUAUUGAUUGUUACAGUAAAAUGAAAUUGUUCAGACUAUUUUUACAGAUCUGUUCGAUUGAUUGCAAGUGUCAUUUUAUAAACAUAUCAUUUUAUUCCGAUGUAUUUUGUAAGAAUUUUGACUGUGUAUUGCCUCGCUCUACUGAUAUUAUAAAUUAAGAUGGCUACAGGGAAAUUGAAAUCUUAAUUUGACGAAACUAAUUUUUAUUAACACUUUGCAAUCCGCCGACGGCAUAGUGCAAUCGCGAUUAUUUUUAUAUUCCAGUCUGUUGACAGCACAAUGCCAUCGCCUAUUUGCGCUUUUAAUAUACUGGAAUAAAAAAGCGCGAUGACUUCGAAUGGAUCGCGGACCGUAAAAUGUUGAACUUUGAUUACUUAUAAGAAAAUGGAAAACUCGCUGAAUAUGUAAGAUAAAUCUCCGAAGUAUGUUAGGCUCUUUUUGACUACUUUCAAAGUAUGACAAUCGAGAAAGAACAAUCUAAUCUACACUCUAUUUUAGAUUCUUGUUUACUUGGAGCCGAUUUUUCAAUAGUAGUUUAAACUCUGUCCAAACACAUGAAACACGUGUGAACGUUAGAACAAACUUUAAGGCUCCUUGUAUCUCGCCGCGGCUAUGUUGAAUUUGUAACAUCGAGGAACGACAUACUGACGAAAGUUACAUAUCAUUUCUAAAUAAAGAUAAAUAUAGACGGAAGAGCACUUGAGACUGCUUGAACAUACUUGUAAAAUUAUGCGAAAAAAGUAUAUCUUUUCUUAAACGAUUAAUAAAUAGUCAUAUAAUAAAUAGAGACAUGAGGCAUGCAGACAAAACAGAUCCAUUUUAUCAUUUUACAUGCCUCAUUUCAUCAUUUAUUAUACGAUUAUUUAUUGAUCAUCAGGAGAAAGGGAUAUCUUUCGGACAAUUUUACAAAUAUACUCAAGCAAAUGCUUUUAUUUAUAUCUAUAUUCAGAAACGGCACGCGCAAUUUUCGUUAGCAUGUCAUUUCUCGCUUCUGACAACACAAAUCUGACAUGGACGGUGAAGUACAAUGAGCCUUAAAUCCAAAUCUAAAUUGAAACUAUUAUUAAAAAAUCGGUCCUUAGACGACGAACACGUGGGUCGUCAAAAACACACUUGCGCCGUAUCCCUAAUGCUCUCAUAUCCAUGUAAUCGCAAAAAUAAAUCUAUAUAAUAUACGUAAGUUAUUUAAUAUGCUACGAGCUUCCAAUGUUCAUUAAGAUUAUGCACACACUUCGCACCUACGCUUCGUACUUAAUGCAGAAGAAAUACAAAUUUUUGGAAAUAUUUCUACUGGGAAAUAUCUUCAAAGAAAUUGAGAAACGUCAAUACGUGCUAGUUCCAUUUCGAACGAAAUGAACACAGACAUACACACGUCCAACUUUCAGAAUUUGUGAAAUGGAUCAUAGCCAAUGUAUAAACAGUUCAAACAACAUUACAUGAUAUUAUUAGCAAAAUUUUACUUAUCGAAAUGUAACUAUGUGAUACUUAUCUGUAUAAAUAAAAGUUGAUCCGUCU